AUGAAAUUCUACCAGCACAUCCUUGCCUUGGCAUAUGCUGUAAAAGAGAUAAAUGACAGUCCCAAGAUCUUGCCCAAUCUCACCCUUGGAUUCCACAUCUAUGAUAGUUAUUACAAUGCAAGGAUGACGUAUAGGACAACUCUGGACCUACUUUUCAAAUCGAAUAGAUUUAUCCCCAACUAUACAUGUGACAUGGAGAAAAACCUCAUAGCCAUCAUUGGAGGACUUAGCUCUGAUACCUCCUUCUAUAUGGCUGACACCAUAGGCCUCUACAAGAUUCCUCAGGUAGCAAUUUUGAAUGGGAACAGGGAUGUGGAUUUUCACAAUCUGCAACCUUUUCUUCGUAGCAUUAUAUUUAAUAACUCUGCAGGAGAAACAGUGAGUUUCAAUGGUAAAAAGGAAAUAGAAGGUGCAUUUGACAUCAUGAACAUAGUCACAUUCCCAAACAAGUCCUUCCUUCGAGUGAAAGUGGGACAAGUAGACAAUGAUGCUUUGGAAGCAAGAAGAUUCAUCAUUCAUGAGGACAAGAUUACAUGGCACAAGUGUUUUAACCAGGUGGUGCCUAUUUCUGUGUGUAACGACUGCUGCUCCCCUGGUCAUCAGAAGAAAAGGAAGGAAGGGGAGAAAUUUUGCUGCUAUGAUUGUGCUCCAUGUCCAGUAGGGAAGAUUUCAGACCAGAAUGAUAUGGAUGACUGUUUCAGAUGCCCAGAAGACCAAUAUCCAAACAGGAACAAACAUGGAUGCAUCUUGAAAAUGAUGACCUUUCUUUCUUAUGAAGAACCCUUAGGGAUCAGCUUAGCCUCAAUUGCUAUUUGUUUCUCCAUUGUCACAACUUUAGUGUUUUUAGUUUUUCUGAAGCACAGAGAUACACCCAUUGUCAAAGCCAACAACCGAGACCUCACCUACACUCUCCUCAUCUCUCUACUGCUCUGUUUUCAAUCUUCUUUGCUAUUCCUUGGCAAACCAGGGGAUAUGGCUUGCUUUCUCAGACAGCCUUCUUUUGGCAUCAUCUUCUCCAUGGCUGUUUCUUGUGUGCUGGCCAAAACCAUUACUGUAGUUGUAGCUUUCAUGGCCACCAGACCAGGGUCCAGCCUGAGGAAGUGGGUGGGGAAAAGACUGGCCAACUCCAUUGUCCUUUCCUGCUCUUUGAUUCAAGCAAGUCUUUGUUCUCUCUGGUUGGCAACUUCUCCCCCAUUCCCCGAUUUAGACAUGCACUCACUAAUGGAAGAAAUCACUGUGCAAUGUAAUGAAGGGUCUGUGGUCCUGUUUUCCUGUGUUUUGGGCUACUUGGGUCUCCUGGCUUUCUUCAGCUUCCUGUCAGCAUUCCUGGCCCGCAAAUUACCUGACAAUUUCAAUGAAGCCAAGUUCAUUACCUUCAGCAUGUUGCUCUUUUGCAGUGUUUGGUUGUGCUUUGUCCCUACCUACCUGAGCACCAAAGGGAAAUACACAGUGAUGGUGGAGAUCUUCUCUAUCUUGGCGUCCAGUGCUGGCUUACUGGGCUGCAUCUUUGCCCCGAAAUGCUACAUUAUCAUGCUGAGGCCAGAGCUGAACAACAGAGAGCAACUAAUAAGAAUAAAGAAUUAAGGCAU